AUGGGGAGUUCCAAUCAUCAAUGGUUGUAUGGUCUGUUAUUGCAGAGUAAAGUGUUAAGACCAACACAGCGUCUAGUUGGAUUUGCAAUUCUCCACCAGGCAUAUUCUUCCCAGCAGCCUAGUUCUAACCCGUUCAGUUUUGUGCUUGUGACUUCAGACUGGAAUUCUACUUCCUUCCAGUUUGCAUCGCAAGCCAUUUGCAUUCCCAUCCGAAUUGCUGCUGCUUCCUCCACUUGUGGCUCGCUAACUUUUAGUUCAGCUCUUGCCCAUGCUUUCAUCAUUUUUCCUUCUGCAUUCCUAGCCACAGCACUUAUGCCUGUUCUCUUCAUGUUUUGUGAAAAUGCAGCAUCAGAAUUUAUCUUUAUCUGUCCUCUUGAGGGUGGCUUCCAUUCCUCGCUUCUAUUUGAGCUUGUUCUUUCCUGUUCCUCGUCUUCCAUAUUUGCCAGAGGAUAUUUACAGUUAGCGCUAUAUGCUAAGAUUGUUCAGCUAUGCAUAACAAAUCCUUUCUUAUACUAUAACGUAUAUCACUGUGGGCUGACACCAGGAAAGCUGCCAGAAAUUGUGGAGAAUAAUCCUGUCAUAGCAGUUGAAGUUCUCAUUAAGCCUGCAAAUUCACCUGAAAUUGAAGAAUAUUUUACUGUUAUUGUCAGUAUGGAUAUGAGCCUUCAUUCAAUGGAAGUGGUUAACAGGCUUACUACAGCUGUCGAACUACCAACUGAAUUUAUUCACUUGUAUAUAACGAACUGCAUAUCUUCGUGUGAGAACACCAAGCUAAAUGCUGUCGAACCCAUUUGGAAUGCAGUCCAGGAUCUAUUUAUUGAAGUCCAAGCCUUUUGUAUAGAGUUUUCAAGGAUGAGAGAAGCAGCUACGUUGUUUAGGCUCCUUAAAAGCUUAGAAUAAGAUAGUCUGGUUUAAUUUUACUUAGUUCUCUUUGUGUAAGAUGAUCCUGCCCUGUUGCUAUGACGUUCUAUUUUGAGGAUAGCAUCAUGGCUUGUAAUGUGAGGGGUAACAGACAAAGCACUGCUGUGUAUACUGAGGAUUUUACAUCCAUCUGGCGCUAUCCCAGAUAAUGGGCAUAUCUUUUUGUUUCAAAA